AUGGCAAGCAUCAAAGUUUUACAUGGUUCGAUCGCUCGCCGUUUCACGGUUCCAAAUGACACAACUUGGUCGUCCUUUGAAUCCCAGAUUCGUUCACUCUUCUACAUCCCUUCUCAAACCCCUAUUUCCCUUUCAUAUACUGAUGAAGAUGGUGAUAUCAUCACCUUAUCGAGUGAUUUGGAGCUUCAAGAAAUACUUUCUGACCAAGAAUUGUUUGGUUCAUCCGUGAAAUUCGUUCUGUCAACUCCUGAUGAACUUGAUCAUAACGAAAAAAAUAGUUGGGUAUUAGAAGGAAGUACUUCGCAAAUAAAGGAUGAAGAAUUUUCUAAAUCUAUAAAAGAUAAUGAUGUGAUUAGCUUUAGUUCUUCCGAUGAGGAAGAUGGCUUAGAAACUUCACACGAAUCACAAGAACAAAGUUCAAAUGAAUCUCAACAACAACCAUUUGUAUUUACUGAAUCUUCUGAAUUUCAAAAGAAUUCAAAUUAUAAACAUGUAACAGUUACUGAUGAAGAAACUGAAGAACCAACUUUUAAACCAACUAUCGAAGAAAAAUCCAAAGAAUUGCCUGAAAAAGAAGAAAAACAACCUGAAUCAGAUCAAUCAACUGAUAAUAACAAUGAAGAAAAUAUAUUUUGGAUUUAUAAUAAGUAUCCUCAUAGUGAUGUACUAUUCAAUGAUUAUUCUCCUUAUUAUGAUUAUUAUAGUUCAUAUUGUCGUUAUUCACCAUUUAGACAUUCAAGGAUUCAUCGCCCAUUCGGUGCACGUAGACAUUGUCCAAUAUCAGUAGCAUUUUACAAAUUUAUAAAAUUCGUAUUAGUAAUGUCUCUGAUAACUACAAUUGCAAAAUCAUUAUUUUUUAUGAUUUGUCCAUUAUUAAAAAUUUUGUUUUUAGUUUUCGCUUUAAAAUAUUUAAAAAAUUCUUGUCAUAACCAUGAUGAUGACGAAGAAAAAUUUGGUUCAUGGAAUGGGUUUGGGUUUAGACGUCGAUUUGGUAGAUGUCAUAAUAGACGAUUUAACAGAAAUAAUCAAUGUUGUCAAAGAAGGGAAUCCUGUAAUGGAAAUAUUAGUGAAGAAGUUGUUGCUGAAAAGGUAAAGACUUUAAGAGAUAUGGGAUUUGAAGGUGAAAAUUUUGAGGAGUUGGUAAGGUUGUAUAACGGCAAUAUUGACUUUGCUGUUGAAGCAUUAUUACAACAAUAA